GACAGUUCUAGAAGCAAACAACUAUCAAUACUGAGCAAAGUAGUUUAAAAGUUGAAUUGAUAAAACAUUUCAAAUUAUUUAAUUGGUGGACUAAUCUUGAAUCGGAUACUGAACCACUGAGUGUUUUGUGAAAGAAUAAGUUUGGAUCAAGAAGCAAAAAUGGACAUGGAAUCUAACAGUACCACAGAGGGUCACGGGCCAAAGUCACCAUACAAUUUGCGCAGUUCAACACAACGAUCAAGCCAAAUUACCAAAGAAAAACUGCUGGUUCUUGGAUCAAUCAGAAAAACGGAACUUCAAGAACAAAAGGCUUGGAAGCAGCUCUACAAAGCAUUGCCUGAGAGUAUACACCCAGAACAAUUCAAAUACAGGAAUGAAGCGUCUCAAUUGGAACUGCUGGAAAUUGUGCUGGAUUAUAUUGAUUCCCUUGCGAUGAUUUUGGAGAACAAUCCAAAGAGGAUGGAACAUAAUGUUUGUCCAUUGCCUGAUGGUGAACCUUCUCUCCAUCAACGAACUCUUACUCAAUCUGAAGAACCACUAAGACACCAGCCAGGGAAGGAAUCAAUAUAUGUGUCUCAAGAACCACUGAGACACCAGCCAGGGAAGAAAUCACAACAUGAUUCAGAGAAAACAGAGACAUUCUACAGUGAUCAAACACAACUCAGUGUUCAAACAGCUCCUAGUAUCCAGCCAUACCCAAUGGAGGAAAUAUCCCCCAGGAUUGAGACGGAUUAUCCCAGGACCGAGACGGACAGCCUCCCUGGCAUAUGUACAUUCCUCAGUUCACAUUCAACAGUGUCUGCUAUCCCACAAUGCAAUCUCACAACAAUGUCUGCCAUCCCACAAUGCUCGUUUACACCACUGCCAACCACCGGACAAUGCACACAAACAAUGCCUGCUAUCCCACAAUGCCAUCUCACAAAAGAACAUGUUAUCCCACAAUUCAAUCGCUCACGUCUCAAUGCUGAAUCAGACAGAAUCCUACCCAGGAGUCGACUAAAUGGCACUUCAGAAAAUUUCUCUAUGUACACUAACUUGGUAGACACUACAUUGAAUGCUCCCAAUGUAUCGAUGGACACUACACCAAAUGCUCCUGAUGAGGUAUUCCUAAUGGAAACUGAGUGUCACGAUGAUUACCAAAGCUGGGAGUCCCUCACUCCGACCUUAACCGCAAUAACACGCAAGAUGUUCAACACUGCAAGACCCUUGAAAGUCCCAAGCUCUACAGUGACGACCUCCUUAUCACAAGACAAUGUCUGCUCGCAGGAAGUGUGCCUGGACUCAAGUUUGCUGAUCUGGCCAGAGGGCCUACCCAAGGGACUUCACCCCAUGGACAUAGACUACAGUGCUAUCACUGAUCUGGACAUGGAUGUAUUUCAGGUAAGAUUAUAUGUAAGGUAUAUGAUUAUUUGUAAGUUACAAGAUAUGUAAUAUGAUUAUAUGUAGUCUUGCCUAGGACUGUGUAUUCCCC